GGUCACGGGGAGAACGUACAAACUCCAUACAGACGGCAUCCGUAGUCAGGAUCGAACCUGGGUCUCUGGCGCUGUGAGGUAGUGGUAGCUCCAAGCCACCGAGCCGCCCAAGUGUUAGCUAAGAUUUCAGACAGUGGAGAGUUGUCCUCUCUGACUUCUAUUGACUUUAAUAUUAGCCCUUGGUCAAGUGCCGUGAUGUUGAGGACAGCUGUUUGUGCUUCAUCUCUAUGGUCAGGAGAUCUAGGGCUGAGUGUUCCUGGUGUAAUACAAAAUGAAUACGAGAGAGCAGUUAUUUGUAAAUGCAUAACCAUGGAUUGGAAAGGUUUAAACUAAGGUUUAGAAGUCCGAAGAUGGAUCUUGAUCCGAAACGUCACCCAUACCUUUUCUCCAGAGAUACUGCCUGACCGGCUGAGUUACUCCGGCAUUUUAUGUCUAUCUUGAGUGUAAACCAGCAUCUUCUACACAAAAGGUUUGAAUGAUAUGGACCAAUUGCGGGCAAAUGAGACUAGCUUAGAUGGGGCAUCUUGGUCAGCAUGGAUGAGUUGGGCCGAAGGGCCUGUUUCUGUGUUGCAUGACUAUGUCUAUAAAUAGCACAAUUAUUGACUCCUUAUGUCACUUUUUGAAGAAUGGCUGUAGACCAAAAUGUAUGUAAUGUAGACCAAUAUAAAUGUCCCCUGACUCUCAGUUUGAAGAAGGGUCUCGACCCGAUAUGUCACCUAUUCCUUUUCCCCAGAGAUGCUGUCUGACCCGCUGAGUUACUCCAGCUUUUUAUAUCCGUCUUUGACUAAUAUCUGGCUAUUGAUCUGAAUGUAUUUGACCAUUUGGAAGACAUGACGUGCCCGCACAGCCAAUGCAAGUGUUACCACCGCACGUUUUAAAGAAAAUUACCACCUAUCAGUGACACCAUGCCGAUUUCUAACAUUUUGUUUAAUUGUUUUUUUUCUCUCUGUUGAAGAUAAAGGUGAGCAACAGUUAAUGCGUGGGGGAUAAAGAACUUGUGUAAAGCCUAUGUGUCAUUGUUCAAUAGGAUAUCUGUUGCAGUAGCAGUUCUUGCAGUGUUCCUUACUUGGAACAGUGGUUCAGAGAUCAGAUUAUGCCCCGUUGAAUUGCAAUUUAAUCCCUUCCCAACCUGUUCAGUGAGAACGAGAAUCUUACUCCUUCUCUGGAAAGGGGUCAUUAAUUACUUUUGUACUUGGAUUACGAGGGCCACAGAACAGGAAUCGCUAGUUACUGGUGCUGAAUUUAAACCUUGGACGAUUGCAGCUUCUUUGAAGCCGUGAGCAGCAGCUCCAUUUCAGGGUUUUGGACAUGCUCUCCUGUCGGAUACCAGCGUGCAUUGUCAGGUCAUUCCUUACUGCCAGCGACAGGCCAGCUAAUGCUGGGAAAAGGCUCCAUUCAAAACGGCCAGGCAGCCAAUGGGAACAAAUGCUUAUUCUCAUCACUAUGGUCACGAGAGUGGCCCCGUUCAAAGCAAGGGCGGUUAGCAGUGCUAGCCCGGAAGCACCUCUGCUCUUACCAACCAUGCUCGAUACUGUACUUCUAACGGCCUCUUGAGUUACUGUUUUGAAACAUCGGGGAUUCAGAUUACAGCAGUGAGUUUGGCAUUCACAAUGGAGCACGGCAGCAUCCACCGAGUUUCCUUUUGCAACAGAUUCUCCAAUGUUCUGGACUCGUUUUACCUCACAACAUUUGGGCAGCUGAAGCUAUCGGUUCAUCUUCAAGAUGGGGCGAUUGCUGUUCACAUUAUGGAAGCGAAAGGGCUUAUGGGGAAAGAAUAUCAUGCCUGCGAUGCUUACAUAAAGUCGUCUGUGGUACCUGACAGCGAUCGCAGAAGCAGACAGAAGACAAAAACUGUGCCAGAUUGCAAAAACCCAGUAUUUCAUGAAUAUUUUAGUUUCCCACUGCAGGAGUCGGAUGAACAAAAGAGACUACUUGUCACAGUUUGGAAUAGAGAUAAAAAUUCAAGAUGCAGUGAGCUACUUGGGUGUAUGAGUUUUGGAGUGAAGUCACUGAUUGAAUUCGAGAAGGAGAUCAAUGGUUGGUACUAUCUGCUUGGAGAGGAUCUAGGAAGAACUAAGCACUUGAAGGUCGCCACACGUCGCCUUAAACCCACCCAAGGUCCUGCCAUGAAGAAUUCUCUGGCAGAAAAUGAGAAUCGAGGCACUGAAGAUAUGCUGCAAUUGAAAGUCACCAUCCCGCGAGGCAGAGACGGCUUUGGCUUCACGAUCUGCUGCGACGCUCCUGUUCGUGUACAGGCUGUGGACCCAGGUGGCCCAGCGGACCAGUCUGGUCUACAGUCCUUGGACACUCUGCUGCAGCUGAAUGGGCAACAAGUGGAGCAAUGGAAGUGUGUGGAGCUGGCGCAUGCAAUAAGAAAUUGCCACAGUCAGAUUAUUGUUCUGAUCUGGCGGCUGGUUCCCCGCUGGAAACCCAGCUUCGAGCGCUCGAUUCGAAGACCCUCCAGCAAGUCGAGUCAGGAUUGGCAGUCCCCGCCCCACAAGCGGGAGAAGAACUGCAGUAACCCGGCGGGAUUCCAGGAGCACCGGGAGAGUUGCCAUGUCGUGUACGACGGUACGGACGGAGUGGUACUGAACAGCUGGGAGCGGCGGGAGCAGUUCGACAAGUGCCUGCUGAAUGGAGGCUUGGUACCCAACACUACAGCCGAGGGGGACAACGUUCUCAUUCUCUCCCCAAUAAAGCACGGCACCCAGAUUCUGAGGCCAAUACCGCAAGAUAACCAUAUCAUUUAUGCAAAUGUAAGCAAAGGCAGAGUCCAGAACGGCCCAGAGAGGAAGCAGUCCCUGAUAGGGACCUCAGCAGACAUCUUGAAAACCACCGUGCAAGCAAUGAAGAGCCAAGGGAACUACAUGAACUGCACCAUUGUCAGAUCGCAUGUUCCCCGUGCAAACUACGGCACCUGCUUACCCCUGGCUCCAAAGAUCCUGGUUUUCCCUCUCUUUGUACAGCCGCUGGAUUUGUGCAACCCCACACGGUCUCUGGUCCUUUCCGAAAAUGUCCUCUUUCUCGAGGGUAAAAGUAAACCUCUCAAGGUUUGUGUUUUCAUCUAUACUGACUUGAUGCUUCUGACCAAGGAGGACGGGCGGGGCCACUGCAGUGUUUUACAGAACCCUCUUUUCCUACAGAACAUGGAGCUGGAGCAAGGUCCAGCAGAGGAACUCCAGUUUCAUAUCACAUAUUCUGAGAAGUCGCGGAGUAGCUUGAGUUUGGAAGCGUACACCACGGAACAAAAGAAGAAAGUGUGUCAAUGUUUAAUGGAAUACAUAGCCAAGCAGAAGCACGAUCAAUAUUCAGCAGUCACUGAGGCAACGAACAAGAUGCUCGACCCAAAAUCAGACGAGCAACCUGAGCUGCUGCCCGAGGAGAAAGUUCCCACCAACGAUCUCCAGCCGACUGAUGAAGGAGAGGUCGGUGGCCAGAAGCUCCCAGAGAAAGAAGUGGCUGCCGAAGGGGAAAAUGAAAGCCCAGAGGAAGCAAAAGAGCUUGUGGACAAGCGAGACAUCGGUGAGUCACAGGCUCCCCAGCGGCUGCCGUUCAACAUACCCGAGGUCAGGCUGGACACCACGUUUGCCCAAAGUAGUGAAGAUCUGCCCACUCUAGCCAUCGAUGGCGAUGAAGAUGAUGAAGAUGAUGAAGACGAUGAUGAUGAUGAUGAUGAUGAUGAAGAUGAUGAUGAUGAUGAUGAGGAGGAGAGUGACGACUGCUGCCUGGACGCUUGCGGAGCUAAGCGCCGCAGUAUGAUCGAGACGUCGGACUGCGAGAAGCACUGCACCCUCUCCAUCCAGAACUCCCUGCGCCGGCGAACACAUAGUGAGGGCAGCCUGAAGCAGGAGCCCAAGUCCCAGUGCUUUAAAUCCGACAACGCGCUCAACUGUGUGGGGUGCGAUGGUCAGAAAGGAAAAGGGAACUGGGCCCCACCCUCCCCAAAGACCCUCAAGAAAGAGCUGGCUAAUGUGAAAAACGGCGGCUCCAUGCAUCAACUGUGCCUCAUCUUCUCUGGACGCAGGCAGACGACAGGAGCAGAUUCAAACCAUGGCUUCGGUGAUGCUGAAGAUGGCUCCAAGAAGAAAAAGUCCAAAAACCUAGCCAAAGAUAUGAAAAACCGUUUGGGAUUUCUGCGCCGUCGCAACGAUUCCGGCUCGGGUGGUAACGCCGCCAAGUUGGACAAAGUCGGCAAAACUGUGAAACCCUCGUAUGAAGAAGCCAUAAAAUGGGGAGAGUCUCUGGAGAAACUUCUCAUCCACAAAUACGGUUUAGCAGCAUUCAGGGCGUUUCUACGCACGGAAUUCAGUGAAGAGAAUCUGGAGUUCUGGCUGGCAUGCGAGGACUACAAAAAAGCCAAGUCACAAUCCAAGAUGAUCUCCAAGGCCAAGAAAAUAUUUGGGGAAUAUAUCGCCAUUCAGUCCUGCAAAGAGGUUAAUUUGGACUCGUACACAAGGGAACACACCAAGGAGAAUCUGCAGAAGGUCUCGCGAUCCUGCUUUGACCUUGCACAGAAAAGGAUAUACGGACUGAUGGAGAAGGACUCUUACCCACGGUUUCUCCGGUCGGACCUCUACUUGGAUUUGAUAAACCAGAAGAAAAACAGCCCGCCGUCGUAGAUAGACACAUCUCUAUCCCCGACAACCAUUUGGGACAAAUUCAAUGUUGUGUUUACAUUAUUAGAGCGAGAUAGGACCGUCGUUGAUCAUCUCUGAGACUUUGAAACCUUCUCCAACGGAUUGAACCCAGAUGAGGGUCUUGGAGAUGAGUGGACCUGGACUGGGCUUGACAGUCAGGGACUGUUUACAGCAAAAACCUGCUCUGGGGGGUCCCAGCGAACAUGGGAUAACGUUGGGUUUCCGUUCCUUUAUCUGUGCUUGUUGUGCAAACGGCAGCAGCAAGACCUGCGGGAGCCACACGCGGCCAAACCAGUUAAUCUUUGUUCUUCCAAGACGACGUAAUAGACUCGGCUUUCAUCGUGCGGAGCAGCAACGGGCAACUCUCCCCGGGAGGAGGUCCCUGGACCACGGACACGGAGAAAGCCAAAGUAAUUAUUAAAAGCUGUGCUUUCAGGAACUGCCCAGAGCUACUCUAUCCAGGUCUUGACUCUGCCUCGACAUGCUGUGUAGGACUUAGACGGUGACAAGUCUGUUCCAAGAUACUACAUAGAAAGAAGCUUUCCGCAGCUGGUGGUGUGGGACCACCCGUAUCCCUCUGUGACUCUAUAACCAUAGGUAGAACCAAGUGCUCUUGCAACAGAAUCCUAUUAACAGCUUUGUCGUGUGCCAGGGGAAGAGUGAGCUAUUUAUUUCUAUAACCAGAUGCUUGAUGCAUUUCCAUUAGGAAAUAUUCCUUGUUUUCUUCCAUGUGUCGAAGUGCAAUAUUUCAGAGGUGUUCCUUUACCUUUUUGGUUAAUUAUGUGUCAUUUGUAAUAUUUUUUUUUCUGGAGGCUGUACAAAUUAUGUUGAAAUCUAUAUUUACUGUUAACGUUUAAUUGCAAUUACUAUCCCAGCAGCGGGCAGCUGGGAUAUCCUGACUGUGUAUAUAGUUACUCUCAAAUUUAUUUUUGAGUUUAAGGUUCCUAACAUGAGACCGUAGAUAAAUAAAUGUUGAUAUCGAUAUAGUCUCAGUGCUAAAGUGCGGGGACGGGGAAACAGCUGGGGAAAUGUUCCCUCGGGCCAUUGUUUGGGCGACAUUGGAUUUGAGGAAAGCUUGUGGUCAACUUCCAUUGUUUACAGUGCAGUUUCUCCUUGAAGCAAGAAGCCGACCAUUUUAUCCCAGCAAGUGGUAAAUAAAGAAUUGUCAAAGAACAA